AUGAAGUUCGGGGACCAUCUCAGAGAAUCCAUCAUUCCCGAGUGGAAGGACAAGUACAUCGACUACAAGUCAAGCAAGAAGAGAAUAAAACAUUUUAGGGCUAAAUGGGAAAACCAGUCCAUAUACAACGACCCAGUGUUCCAGAAGAAAUCCACAUACUCCACUACGAGGGAUCUAAGAUCUAAUAAUAAUAGUCAAUCUAAUUUGAAUUUAAACAGACAGGCUAGUAAUGGGAACAUCAUACGAUCUACAAACUCAUCAUCUUCCUCGCUGGCUUCUUCGUUGAGAGUUUACUCUCCAUUGCUUAUUGAAAUCAUUCACGAAUUUAUGGAAAAUUGGAUCAUUUCCAUUCAACUAACCAAAUGUAACGAAUUUUAUAAUUGGCUAUUAAAUGAUUCAAGGAAAAAAUUUAAAAUUUUACAAAAUCAAGUUCAUUUAUUUAAUAUACAAAAAAGAUUAUUUAAUGAUGCUGCAAAUUCCAUAUCAUCAUCCUAUGGAUCACUAAUGACAUCAGCUACAUCAGAUUCAGUUACUACUUCUUUAAUUCAAUCAAUAAAGGAUACCCUACAUGCACAUAGAUUAUUACCAUCAUAUCCACAGUAUUCUUUAAAGCAAUUAAUAUUUAACAAUACAACUUCCGAUACGGAAUCACAACCGUUAAUGGAAAGAGAAACUUUUAACCCAGAAGAUCAAUUAUUAAAUAAUUUAAACAAUAACACAUCAAGUGCCAAAUCUUCAUUGGAUAAAUCUGCUAAGUUAUUAAGUGACGCCAUAUUGGAAUUUUAUCUUUUCUUGCAAUUAAUUAAAUCAUAUAGAGAUUUGAACGUCACAGGGUUUAGGAAAAUUGUCAAAAAAUUUGAUAAGACUUUCCAAACAAAUGAAUUAAAUAAAUUUAUGGCCUUUGCCAAGCAAAAUUUUACCAUUUUCAAACAUAUCGAUCCAAAUAUCAAAUUAAUGACAAACAAGAUGAAACAAAUCUCAUCAUACCAACCAAUCAUCUUCGAUGAAUUAAUUCCAUCAAAUGAAAUUGAUGAUCCAAUCCUUUGGUGGGAAUCGAAAGUGAAAGAUUGGUAUGUUAAUCAAUUGACAAACUCACCAAAAUCAAUGAAGAAAAAUAAUAAAAAAUUGAAAAAAUUAAUAAUUCAAUACUCAUUAAAUGAGCAAAUGGUUCAUAGAAAUAAUAGAGCCAUUAUUCAAAUGACUAUCGCCGCAUGGAUUUUGGGGAUAUCGUCCACAUCCAUCGCAAAUACCAUAUACCUAUCAUUUAUGUCCGGUUAUACUUCAUAUACACACAAGAUCCUUUUCCCCAUUUGGGGCGGUUGGUACAUGGUUUUAUUGAUAUCUUUAUUAAUCAUCUCAAAUUGUUUCAUUUGGCAUAAAUCUGAAAUUAAUUAUAGAUUUAUCAUGUUUGGUGAAAUAAAGGCAAGAUCAGGAACUCAAUUUUAUAAUAAUGAUUUUGCAACAACAAGAAUUUCAUUAAAUUUAUAUUUCUUAUCAUUCUUUAUCCUACCUUUGUCCAUUUGUGCUCUGUUAAGUUUCCAUAAUGAAAAUUUGUUCCCCUAUGCAAUAAUAUACCCAUUAAUCGCAACAUCACUUUUCAUAGCACCAAAGGCGAUUUCCAAGUAUAUCUUACCAUAUUGGAAUAAAUUAAAAGAGAUAAGAGUUUGGAUUUUAACUACUUUUAUAAGAUUAUCAUUAUCUGGCUUAUACCCAGUGGAAUUCGGUGAUUUCUUUCUCGGUGAUAUCAUAUGCUCUCUUACGUACUCCAUGUCUGAUAUCGCCAUGUUCUUUUGCAUUUAUUUCUCUGAUAAGCCAUCCACUACAUGUGGUUCUUCUCAUUCAAUAACAAUGGGAAUAUUAUCAUGUCUACCCAAUUAUUGGAGAAUGAUGCAAUGUUUUAGAAGAUGGGCAGAUUCUGCAGAUUGGUUCCCACAUUUACUAAACGCAAUUAAGUAUGGUCUUGGGGUAGCAUAUAAUGGAACAUUAUGUGCAUAUAGAUUAUCCAAUCAUGAAAGAGGCACAACACGUAACACUUUCAUUAUUGUGGCCGCAUUGAACGCAUUAAUCACUUCCGUUUGGGAUCUAACCGUGGAUUGGUCAUUAUUACAACCAGAUUCCAAUAAUUGGCUUCUAAGGAAUGACUUGUAUUUGGCGGGGAAAAAAGAUUGGGAAACUGGUCAGUAUUCUAGGGCAAGAAAAUCAUUUUAUUACAUUGCCAUGGUUUGGGACGUCUUAAUUAGAUUCCAAUGGAUUGUUUAUGCCAUUGCACCACAAACAAUACAACAAAACGCAAUAACCUCCUUUAUCCUUGCUACAACUGAAAUCAUAAGAAGAUGUAUUUGGGUCAUUAUUCGUGUGGAAAAUGAACAUGUCGCCAAUGUUCAUCUCUUCAGAGUUACAGGUAACGCACCUUUACCCUACCCAGUGAACGUUCAAACAAUUGCAUUAACAAAACCUACUUUCCAAAUCGGAGAAGAAGAGAGAAUGGCAGAGAAUUUGGAUCAACAGGCAUUGGGCAAUUUAUCAUUCAAUGUAUCGUAUGAUGAAAAUGCAAUGUGGCCACCAUAUCGUACUUUGGCAAGAAGAAGAACAACAACAUUUGCUGAAAUUUCAAAAUCUAUACCAUGGGUGCACGCUACUGAUUUCCAAAGACCAACUACUUUACUAAGCUCUAAUGAAUCCAAAUAUGAUGAUGACGAUGAAGAUGCCAUUUCUGAUUCAGAAAGUGAUUCUGAUGUCGCUUCAAAAUGA